AUGUUCGCAGGAGCUGCUGGUGCAUCUGCGUUGACGCCCGUCGUCUUGCAGAAGAAGGCCACGUCUUCCAUCCUGCUCUCAACAUUCGUACAGUACCUAGCCCACUCAGCUCGUCGUUCGUCUUGGACAUUUUCGUUACUGGACCUGGCGACCGAUACACGCGUUGAUACCUUGUCUUUUCGGUCCGCUCUCAAUGCUGUCUCGCUUGCGCACUUCGCGCACACGUCUCGUGAUGAAGUAUUCGAUGUCCAUGCCUCCAAAGAGUACGGUCGGGCGCUUGGCUAUCAUCGACAAGCACUGGUUAAUCUUCCACAGGCCAGACCGCCGGAUGCUAGAGCUGUUCUCAAGCAGGCACUGCUCACCAGCACCCUGUUGUCGUACUACGAACUGAUCGCUGCCGUCAAUCCUGUCGCAUGGAGCAAUCAUACAGCAGCAGCUGAACAACUACUCUGCACCAUGGGCACGAAAUUCAUUUGGGACGACUUGUUCGUCCGGCAAAUAGCAGUCUCAGUCCGAUCGCAUGCGGUUCUCCGCAGUACUGUAUACCAACAGCAGACGAUCUUUGCCACGGAACCAUGGUUAGAAGCUUCACGAGAGUGGACCAAGUCGCAGGAGCAGUCAAUUGCUCGGGAAGCAUACGAUUGGAUACUGGAGUGGCUGCUACGGAUCUCAAGCUACCGCAAUGCCAUCUACAAUUCGAAUAGAGACGGCACGCACGUCUCCAGCGACGUAGCUCGUGCAGCUUUUGAAGCAGAACUCCAAACGAAUUAUACGGACUUCCUGCUUAGCCUCGAGCCUCCCAUAUUCCCUACGAACCUACCGCUAUUUGACGGCUCUGUUCUGUCGAAGUCCGCAGAGCAUGGAGUGACCUCGCUGCCUGCCUUACCGCGGGCUCUGAGGAAGCAAUUUACGUCCAUGGCUUUCGCAUAUUUCCACGCCGCGGCGCUACUAUAUCAAGUAUGUUUCCCGAGAGCAGACGUGAAUUGUGGCCACAACGCAGUACACAUUAUCAACGUCGGUCUCUUCUUGGAGCAAGAUGAACGCACGAAUGCAACAGGAGUGCUCAGGAUGGGGUUUCCCUUCGCCAUGGCAUGGCUGGGUCAAAAGAGCGAUGAAAGGUCUCGGCAGGUCGGGCGUACAGUCUUCGAGCGGUGGUGUCAAAGGGAGGGCAUGGCGGGUUUGGGCGUCCUUAUCUUUCGUUGA